GCCCUGCUUCCUCCUGUUGGGGUGUGCAAGAUGGAAAGCAGAUCCAAGGAGUUGUUUCAGCGGAUCUGCGGCGAGAUGGUGCUGCCAAACAUGAUCAUCUUGGGAGCGGCCAUCAGCUCCUGUGAGAAGGGCUCGCAGUGGAAGCCCGCUCUCGCCUUGCUCCACUUCGGGCAGCAAGAGGACGUCUACAUGGACGUGAUUUGCUACAGCGCUGCCAUCAGUGCCUGUGAGAAGUGCAGCAUGUGGCAAACAGCUUUCUUCAUGCUGGAGGACAUGAGAAGGUCCCUUGUUCGCUGCGACACCGUGGCUCUGUGCAGCUCCAUCAGCGCUUGCGAGAAAUCCUCGGAGUGGCAGAUGGCUGUGGAGACUCAUCUCCAGGCACGGAGCGUGCACCUCCAGCCGGAUAUCAUCGCCUGCAACGCCGCGAUGAGUUCGUGUGCGAAGCGCAAUCGUUGGGCACAUGCUUCUCUGCUUUUGGCAGCGGCCGAAGAGCCGUCGGUGGUGAGCUGCAGUGUGGCGAUUGCUGCCUGCACCGCUUUCUGGGAGUUGGCGAUGGCUUUCCUGACCUUCAUGGCCAUGUGCCGGCUUACCGCCAAUGCCGCCAGCCGCAGCAGCGCUGCGGAUGCCUGUGCAGGAGCCGGACGCUGGCGACUCGCACUUCGAGCCGCUCAGAGCGCCAAAGGCGGGGGGGCGGCGAACGCAGCGCUCCGGGGCCUGGCGGAGGCGACGGAGUGGAGUGCAGCGCUGGCUUUCCUGGGCCGCAUCACGCCGGAUGCAACCAGCUACUGCAGUAUCAUCGAGUCUUGCAGCUCCAAUGCGCUGCACAUGACCCGGCUCCUCUCAGACGUCCAGCAACUGGAGCUGAGAGUCUUGCCUUUGAGAUGCGCGCCCAGGAGUUUGACAAGCUUUGCAAAAGAGAAAUCAGCUGAACACCCCUGUUUGACGGUACAUGGAGGGUCCUCGUUAAGAGCAUGUCGCCAGUACGGAGAUGUCUGUGGCACCGGACCUUUGCUGGUUUCCGGUUGGAAUUCGAACCGUAGUUCAGCCAAAUUCCAGGACAAGCUGCAGAUAUUCCGAUCGGUUCAUAGCAACCCGGAACCUCUCCUAUAUAAUCCAUCAGACUGA